AUUGCAUAGUGAAACUGCAUCAAUGAUGAUGCUACAAAAAUUGAAGGCACCUUGAUCAAAGUUGAUCUUUUUGGAGUUGCAUGCUUCGCCCAUUCCCUCCAUGUCCACCAGGUCGCUAUUGACGUCCGAGUCGUUCAGGGCACUGAGGGUCACGUCUUCACACACACACACACACACACACACACAUACUUGAUUACUUUCUACCAACACAAUGAAACACAUGGGGGUUGUUGCUCACCUGCAGUUUUCCGCUUCUUUGUAGUAGACUGGCUGCCCUGCUGGACCAUCGCCGUGACAACGUGAGGCGUGGGCACAGAUACGGUCGCGGUGGGAGUGCCCGGUGUCGUCAUGGCGGCACCAGCGAGGACGGUGACUUUCUUCACUGCCUUUUGUGGGCUUGUAGAGCAGGUUCGAUGGCUCUCUUCAUACUUUCUCUUCACUGGACUCUUUGUCUGACUGCUGGUAGGACGAUGGCAACAAACUUCUAAAUUAUCUCAUAUUUUAAUUGGAAAGUUUAAAAUUUAGGUCCACACAUGCACCUUGUGGUGGCAUAAGAAUGAAACUGCAGAUAAGAAAGCGAGGUGUUUUCUAUCAUAUUUGUAUUUGCUCAGGAAAAGACCAGCGACCAAAUGUAAACAGCUUCCCAGCAAACUCCCUUUUGGGUCACAACCCACCAGUUAAGAAUCACUGAUUUAGGAUAUCAAAAAUAAACAUGUUUUGGGAGUUUUAUAAGGGCAUCCAUUCUGUUUUUGCCAUUGGCUGAGGACCUUGGAACAUAAUAUGGUGUUUUGUGAUAUGUUACCUUGUAGGGUUGGACUCAGCCAUUGGGUGAAGCUGCAUGGUGAGUUCUCCAAGCCUAGUGAAAGCAGCCCCGGCUGCAGAGAAGAUUUCUCCAACCUACACACAAACAUAUUCCAUUGGCUUCUAUGUUCUUUUUUUUUUUUUUACUGUAGAUACACCACUUUUAGUAGAAUGAUGUGAUCAUUGUUCGGGUCUAACACUAUGGAGAUAGGAAGAGCAUGACAACAAGUGCUACAUUGAAAGCUAAUGAGGAAGGAUGAACAGUGUUGUCAUGGAUACCUUCUCUGCACUGAAUAACAAUGAAGACGACUUUAAUUGUUAAUAAUAGAGUUAAAUAGCAACAAGCAACCACCGCUCCCCCCACAACAUAAAACCUAAAAGCACAUAGUGAUUAAUUAGUUAAUUAAGGUUAAAAUCAAAGUCUACACAGCUGCACGCGCGCUGCAGCUGAGGAGCUUGUGUCUACAGCUACUAGCAUGCUAGUCCUCAAGCAGAAGUGUGUCCAUGAUGCGUGGAUUGAUCUGUGCCCCAAAAGUAGCCGCUUGUGGAUUCGUGUUGAGUGUGUGGGGGUUCAUCAUGUUGGCCAUACUUGGGAUUUGUUUCAUCACACACUCGGCUGUACUGAUUGAGGAUGUUCCUAUAAGAAAGGAAGACACCCAACAUGACUCAAAUCCCCCACAGAAGAUCUAUGAGCUGUACGACAAAGUGGCUGUCAACUGCUUCAUUGCAGCAGGCAUCUACAUUGUACUUGGUAUCUUCUCCUGCUGUCAGAUGACACUCAACCGGAAAAAGAAAUGCCUCAAAGAUUUUUUUGUACAGCGAGGGAUGCUUGGAGAUCAUAUGCACAUUUCAGAAGUGAAUCAGGAUCGAUCUUUAAGCCAAAAGGACAAAGAGAGGGAUGACAAGAUCAACAACAUCAUCAAGAGCAUUGUGGAGAAAAGCAUUGCAGACAUUGCAAAGCUGAGGCAGCUCAUUGCUCUAUGGGACGCGGAGGAACGCUCCAACUCGGAUAGUUACAUUGACGAGUCCUCGUACGGCAAUGUUACUCAGCAGAAAAUUAAGGAAUAUCUUAAGGACUUUUUUAACGAGAGGCUCAUGUUUGCCGAGCAGCCUAAGGAGGAAAUGAAGGAAGAGUCCGCCAUGUCACGUAAGGAUGGGGAAGGCCCUGAUAGUAAUACCUUGCAGUACAACCAGAUGGUUAACAACAAUGAGGAAGUAGGUACUUUACAGCCAUUAGAUGAUUCUUCUCCCAUCAUUGAGAAGGCCAUGAGUAUGAUCAACCAAGUCAUUCAGCCUAUGGUGGAUACCAUCGAAGUUACCAAAACAGCCGGCAAAACAAUUGCUAAAAAAGUCCGGUCAGUGUGGAAGGGUCUAGAUAAAGACGCAGACGACACUUCAGAGGACCCGGAAGCUCAAUCUGUUUCCUCUUCCAUAGACGAUCAGGAACCUCGUGAACAAUCGCGGCUUGCACCAGCAUCUAAUGAACCUGCUUCUUCUUUGCCUACAAAUAAGAUCAAGAACGCCAGAAAAGAUGGCAAAUACAUUCCUCCUGACAUCUUGGAUGAAGAUGCGGUGGAGGAGCUCUGCAGGUUUGAAAUGCAAUUGACCCCGAUGCUGUCACCCAUUUUAGAGGAGACCGGGGACGCCAAUUCUUCGGCUUCUUCAGCCAACCGCGAGAAGAUGUGCAUCGAUGAGUCAGAAUAUGGCUCCCGUGUUAUAGCCACCGGGGCGGCACGUUCAUCUGCCAUUAAAAACACGGUACCUGGUAAAGCAUUUAUCUCAGAAGAAGAGGAAACAGACAAGUCCGCCUCGUUUAUGGACGCCGGGAUGACAGGCUCUUCGUUAAAUGUAAUGGAUGAGAAGCUUCAAGACGCUUCUGAGGAAGAAGCAAGAAAAGAUGGUUGUAUGUCUCAGGCUCGAUCCACUUCCAGGCUUUUACACCAAUUGGAUUACACCGGAGAAGCAGGUUCUCCUCUGCCGUGUUCUUCCACUUCCUCUCCCAUUAUUGAGAAGGCCAGAAAUAUUAUCAGUCACGUUAUUCACCCUGUAGUUUACACUCUUGAUUCGGCCAGCCAAGUUACAAAGACAGCUGGAAAAACCAUUGUGAAAAAAGUCAAGUCCAUAUGGAAGUCUCGAUCUGGCAAAAAGAAGGGCAAGAGAGCCAAAGGUAAUCAUGGCGGAAAUACUGAGAAUGUUCUUCACGAUGGUAGCUCAAAUAAAGAAGAUGUAGGAGAAAAAAACGAGGAAGACAGUGCUUUUGAUGGGGAGUCACAUUCUGGGAUUUCAAGCUCAGAAGAUGCUGAGCUUGUAGAUUCCUUCGAUGAUCCAUCCUCCAUCAUCGAGAAAGAAGACGUAAGCACAAGUGUCAGCAAAGAGGAGAAACAUCCAGAUAUCUCGGAGAACAUGGUCGUGGAGGAUUUCUGCGCCUUUGAGGGAGAAACAUCCUCUGGGCUUUCCACUCCAUUUUUGGAGUCUGUGAUGGCUCAAUCCCAUCCCACUACACCUGCUUCAUCCGCACUUGAGAAGGCAAACAUGCUGAAGAACUAUGAAAAAACAACUCCAAAUAUCUCGGAGGAAAAAACAGAAGAAGUAUUGUCCUGCAAUUCUAUCGGCUUGUCAUCCAUUCCUGACAGUAAACUGGGAGCUACAGAAGCGGACAAAGUGCAGGCUCAGUCUGGGCUCAGUCUUCUCCAGUCUGAAGAGGAUGCACCUGAACACAACAUCUAUAGUAUCUUUGAGAACAUCUUCAGACAGGAGUUUUCCAAAAAAUUAGAAAGCUCGCUCAGACAGGGACUCUGUGAUGCUGUCCGUGUUUACGUCCCUGAAAGGAGUUCCGUGGAAUCCUUAGAGAGUGCCGCCAUGACUAGCGACCUGAUCUGUAAUGAAACAAAACAGUCCAAAGACGAAGUUGACAGUUCCUCAAUGGGUCUGCAGGAUUCACCAGAGACCGGAACCCUGUCUGUACCUUCCUCUUGCAGCUACCAGUUAUUAGAAGGAAAACAAAACAAGAAGCAUUCAUCAGAACCGACUCUUCAAGAAGAGAUGCAACCAGGAGCACUUAAUUCCAGAAGGAAGUCACUUUGGAAAAGAUGGAAAAUGAGCCGUUCAAGGAAGAUACGGCCAAAUCUUUUGGAUGGUGGUUGUUGUCCCGGUUCCACUCUUGACAUGGCCACAGACAGCCAAGCCACUAAACCUGCCAUCACGUCCAUCUUGAAUAAGGUGAAGUCGAUUUGGAAGUAGAGGAACAAGGAGAACUGAUGAUGUCCACCACACUGAUUCAGACCACAGAAGACUCAUUUUAAACAUGAAACCAGACUUUGGAACUGGUGUGCGUGAUGCACACAGUGGCCAAUGUCGGUUAUCACAGAAAACAAGACAGACUGCUGUAUACUGGUAAUACUUAUUGCAAUAUUUCUUUAUAUAAAGAACUACAAAUGUUGAUUACAUAAAUCGCUGAUGCAUACUUGAGGUGAAGAUUGUCUUUUUUUUUAUAUUGUAAUGCUGUUUUCUACACGACUGGGUAAGAGAAAAAGAUACGGCAGGUCCUCUCCGUCGUUUUGACUCAGGAUGUGGUCUUCAAUUUCUUUCAGAUCCUUUCUAAAUCUGUCAAUCAGCUCCAGAGCCGGCCCCUCUGUGAAGUGCUGCUCUGUGUAUUGACCCAAAAAAAUCUAGCCAAAAGGAGAAACAUAGAGUGAAGUAGAUGAAGGUAGUGCGUUUGAACAUCAGGAAUGAGUGACAUACCGCAUCGGGUUGUGCUCUUCCAAGAUGCCAUGUGAUUGCCAUCUGCACACAUGACUGACUGACAUCAGGAAGUGUGGCCAUGAUCAUUUCCAUGGUAACGGCGUCUUUGUCUGUCGGGGGUGGCUGUCUCAUGGUGCAAGGGGUGUUUGGUAUCCAUGCACACCAGUCAAACUGCAAAAAAAACAAAGAGCGUGGGUUAGAAGUGGAUCACAAUGGACGAGGGUUCCUCAAGGAUCUGUUUUGGGUACCUGGCCAUUGUUAGAAGCGGCAUGCUGGACUGAGCUGGUGAAAAUGACGACUGCAAGCAAGGUGGAGAGAUCCUCUUUACUGCUCAGCUCACUAGGAAGACCUGAAAUACAUUUACCAAAUCAUGGAACAUUCUGGGUUCGGAAAGAAUAUUGAGCCACGAAAGGAAGCGUAACAGGUUAUUUUUGGAAAGCAUGAUUUUAUUUUUGUCUAGUGGU